AUGGCCAUCCUGAACUCGUUUGUCAACGAUAUCUUGGUGCACCCCGAUACCAGGGAUCUCGAACAAGGCCAUGGCCAUCCUGAACUCGUUUGUCAACGAUAUCUCCGAGCGCAUUGGUGCACCCCGAUACCAGGGAUCUCGAACAAGGCCAUAGCCAUCCUGAACUUGUUUGUCAUUGGUCUAACUUUCAUCGCAGUGUUUGAGGCAGGUGCACCCUGUACCGGUAUCUCCAACAAGGCCAUGACCAUCCUGAACUCAUUUGUCAAUGACACAUUGGUGCACCCUGAUACUGGUAUCUCCAACAAGGCCAUGGCCAUCCUGAACUCGUUUGUCAACGAUAUCUUCGAGUACAUUGGCAUACCGGCACUCAGUGGCAUCUCUCGUCUAUUACUACCAGCGCUCACCGGCUUCUCUCGUAUAUUUAUUGAUUGGCGACUGGCAUGA